AUGUCGUCGAAGAACGAAGACACCGUGCCCACAAUGUACAAGUAUGCCUGGGCUGAAGGCCAUGAGAUGCCCCUGCAAGACUUCCUGACCAAGUUCAAACCGUCGAUGGUCCAGAAUGAUGGAACGAAGCCUUGGAUUUGGGUCCGAGGAUCCGAGCGGUCCAAAGAGGACACUGGCGUGGCAGCAGCGAUCGAGGAGGCAACCAAGCUUCUGAAAGAGGUCACAGAAAAGGUGGAAAGUAUCAAGAAUGACGACUCCAUUCCCGUCCGCUCCAACAAGAAAACCGGGGCCAGGAGCAAGAAGGAAGUCAGAGAAGAAGUCCAAGCUCAAGCAUCGGAACAGCUGAAGGCCAUUGCUAUCAAACAUGGCUACCUCACAGGAAAAUGGCUGAUCUUCGCGCCCCAAGAUAAAAUUGAUCUCAUUUGGUCCGGUAUCGCCACAUCGCUCGUCUCGGGACCGCUGCAUUCUACGCCUGCAUACCUUGCGAAAGUGUCGACCUCAUCGGAAAGCGAAAGCUCGAAUGCACAGCACUUGAUUUGUGUCUACUUCCCUGAUGUUUAUGACAAGGACAGUGUUACAGAGAUCAUGAAAGUUCUAUUGCGAAAUCAUGGCGUCAAUCUAAGUGGUGUCAAGUCAGAUCUGUAUACCGUAGUCGGAAUUGAUAGUAAACAUCCCAGUGGUAUUCCGUCCACUGUUUGGAAAAACACUGCUGUCUUGCCAGACAAAGAAAUAAAGGAGCUGAAGGAUGCAUUCUUCGCCAAAAAGAAAACCGCCACCGAGACAAAGGCACCAGAGGCGUCGAGUAGCGCUGACAAACCCGAUGCAGCUCCUUCUGACGCUCCAAAAGCAAAGCCCAAGCCAAAACUCAAGAAAAAGGCCAACGACGACCCUUUUGCCUCUGAUGACGAGGGGGAUGCAAGGCUGAAGGCAAAACCAGUGCCCAAAGCGAAGGCUGGUGCUGCCAGUAAGACAUCAGCGAAGCAGCUCAGCGGGUCCGAGGAUGAUGAACCAAAGAAAAAGCCUGCUCCAAAGGCCAAACGAGCGAAGAAGGCCGAUGAUGGCGACGAUGAGGACGAUGAGGAGCGACCAAAGAAAAAGAGAGCAGUCAAGAAAUAG